GUCUCUAACAAAUUGCCCUGCCCACAGAAUUUAGAACAAUUUCAGAAAUGUGGCUUUAGAGAAACAGCUGAUUACAGCGCAAGUUAAGAAAAGGAAUCUCAACGUCAGAUGCCCAGAUGAAGAUGACUAGCUGUGGGAUUGUGAAGCUCAAUGUGGGUGGAGAGAUCUACACCACCACCAAGGCCACAUUGUGCAAGUACCCCAGCUCCAUGCUAGGGGCCAUGUUUAACGGGAGUAUGUCACCCAGCCUAGAUGAAAAUGGGUGCUUCUUCAUAGACAGGGAUGGUGAAUUGUUUAAGUACAUUUUGAAUUAUCUAAGAUCUUCAAGGUUGUCUGUACCUGCUGGAUUCAAAGACUUAGACCAGCUGUCUGCUGAGGUGGACUUUUAUCAGAUAACUCCGCUGAUUGAUGCUAUAGAGUUGUUACGACUACCGGAGCCUGUCCAAAAGGUGCGUGUUCGAUACCUAGAAGUCAUCGAGGUAAGAACUGGUAAUCUGGCUACCAUGCCAACCAUGAACUCUCGAAUAAAAACAAUCAUAUCAGGAAGGAGAGACGUCAUACAUAGGUAUCUCUCACUGCAUCAAAUUCAUCCAGCUGAACGUGAGCGCCUGCAGCUUAAUUCAGGCAAGGACUAUACGGAAAUAGCACUAACAGGCAGCAAUGUGCGUCUACAGGUGGGCGAGUGCCUGCGAAACCAGGGAUGGAAUCUCUCUGAGUCACAGAUGUCGACCUUUCCAUCAGGGGAGGCGAUUGUGCACAACUACAAGGACCGCUGGAGUCUCACCGUUGUGAAGGAGGACAGCCUAGAGGAAAGCCAGUGUAACUCUGUAGAAGAUGAAACAAUAGAAGAACUGUCGUUGCUAAGUGGGGGUGAUGACUAGCAGCCCUUGGUUGUUCACAAUUUGUGUUGCAUCACAGGUCAUUUGGCCCUAUGUUGAUUUUUGGUAAUUUUGAGUUGAGAUAAAUAUUUUUUAUUCUCAGUGCAACUCUGAAAGUCAUUUUUCCAAACCAAGACUUAAGACUUUGGGCCAAAAUUGCUCAGACACAUUUUAAACUUUUUGAUACUUAAUUGACAUGACGCCGAACAACCCUGAUUUAAAUAUUCGUUACUGUAAGACUGCCCUUAUAGCUCAGUGGUAGAGCGUCUGUUUUGGGUGCGGAAGGUAGCAUGUUCAAACCCUGACCGCAUCAAACAAAAGGCAUUAAAAUAUGGUCCGAGUAGCUCCCUUGCCUAGCAUUGGCAUAAAAAGGGUAGUACUGGGAAAAUAGUGUACUCAGUACUGGUUAAGCCCAGGAAAGUUGUAUCCCAUGUAUUUGUGCUUUACCCCUGAGCAUGUUAAAGAACCAAGAUGUCUCUUCGCAAAGAGCUAGGAUAUUGCACCAGGAUAUCUUGUAUCUCACUCUGUUUAAGUCCUCUAAGAUCACUAAACUCUGGAUCUGACUGGCAAUUGCAGUCACUUCUAACUCAUGUAUACUCCAAAGAAUUUUGUCCUGACAAUGACGUUCAAUCAAUGACAAACAUGGCAUCGACAAGUACAUCAAUGUACCUUUUGAGUGGGUGUCCAUGUAUAUUUCGAUAAUAAUAUAUAGCUAUAAGACACUCAGAUUACUUUUUUCGUAAGUGAAUUCUAGAUAUGUGUAUCCAAUAUUACGAAAAAUUACCAAAAUAAUAUACGUUCUUUAACGUGCAUCUUCUUUUCAUAGCACGGACACACAUAAGGUACAUCCACCUGUUAACAUGAUGUGCUGGGCAUUGAUAUCAAGCAAUCGUGCUUUAUUCCAAGACACAGCGUUCAUAGAAUUAUAACAACAAUGUGAUAUGUAAAUGAUACAAUGCUUAAUAAUAUAUAAGGAUAAUCUUAUGCGGAUACAACAUACUUCAUCCGGGCAGACCUUGAUGAACUCAAAUUAAUAACAAUAACCAACUUAUGGCACGUGAUAACCCUGUGUGGACUUUGAUUGAAUAUUGGGUAAUGUCAAUUGAAUUGUUGAUGAUCUGUCGAAUUGUUGAUGAUCUGUCAUUUAAUCAAAAUCUCAAUUUUGAGUAAGGUUGUUCAGCUUUAUCUAAUAGAUACUGCAGUUAUUUCCCUUGCAUUAUAAGAUACAAUUCAUUCAUUCAUUAUAAUAGUGUAAAUGAUAUAGGUGUACUGAUUAUUGGCUGAUGUUGGACAUUUUAUUUUUCAAUUACCAUUCUAAAGAAAUAAAAGUGAUGGCAUUUAAAAUAUAAAUAAUCUAGAUUUCUAAUUUAAAUAGGACGGUUAGCUAGCUGUGUGUAUUUAUAGCAUUUGUUCAUUUGUUUAAAUAAUAUAUCCAAAUAUUGUGACAAAUUCAUAUUGUUUGUUACUAUUUGUUGUUAUUUAUUGUCAUGAACUUAAGUAUGUUUUAGUGGCAAACUUUUAGUUUUCAAUUGCUGGGGCCCGUUUCAAUAAAGAUUUUUGUUGAUUUUAGUCUUAAAUUAAAACCGUCUUUGAGCCAUAUUUUUGGUUACCGUAUUUUCUCGACUAUAAGACGGGGAAAUUGGGUCCCGAUUUUUACCCCCAAAGUAGGGGACCCGUCUUAUAAGCGAGUCGAUAAAAUAUUAAAAAAAGAUUCAAGUCAAAAUCAGUAAAAUUUUACAUAGGGUAUUCGUCUAUCCAGUAUAUCGUCUGCUGAUACAAGUAUGGGGCAAUUAAGUAAACAACAACACGACAUGGUAUUUCACAACAUGUUUGUGCAAACUUGUUUUUGGCCAGUAUUAAAAAUAAACACCAAGUUGAAGAAAUAAACAUUAACUUGUUGACAUUUGUGAUGUUUAUAUAGAUUUAAGAUUACUAAAGUUACACCUUUGACCCUUUAUUGAAAUGGGCCUCUGGUAUGCUAUUUUGUUUUUUUUUAGCAAAAUAUUACUUUGAAGUUAACCUUAAUGGGUAAAGUUGCUAAGGUACAUUUUUAUGCCCUCAAAGGUGGGCAAAUUAAAAUCUCACUGUUUGUCCAUGCGUGUGUCCAGCUCAAUAAGUCGUGUCCAGACUGUAACUUUCUCUAGUAUGGAUAGAUUUUGAAAUAAUUUGCCACAUGUGUUCGACAUAUCAAUACGACGUGUCAUGUGUCACAUUUAGUGUUUGUUUAAUGUUGACUGCUGCACAUAAGGACAUAGAGUAUAGGUGAUUCUGUCCACGCUGUACCGGUAACUUUCUUUUGUAUGGACAGAUUUUAAAAUAAAUUACCACAUGUAUUCAACUUACCAAGACGAUGUUUUGCGCGUGCACCAACCCUGUCCAAUCCUCUCAGGUCAAGGUCAAACUUAGUGUUUGUUUACUUUGGAAUGCUACAUAUGAGGACAUAAAGUAUAGGUGGUCAUGUCCAGGCUCUAAUUUUCUUAUGUAUGGAUAGAUUUUUUAAUUAACAUGCCACAUGUGUUCGACAUAUCAGUGACAGCUCUUGUUCUGUUUGCAAUAAAUUAAAGCAUUCUGGUCACUAAUAUUAUAAACAAACUUCAUUGAAUACUUCGUUGACCUGUACUUUUCAACAGUUAACUGUUUUACGUGGGUAUUACUUAAUGUAAGAAAUACGAAUCCAUUACAUAUAUUACUGUCUGCAAGUAGAAUAUGCAUUUCAAGGUUUUGAAAAAUUGAUAAGUACCAGUGUUAACUUAACGAUAUUUUCGUCAAUCCACAUUGUAAAUCAGGUGCCUGCCAAAUUAUUUAAGUUUCAGUGCAUAUCAAAAACUGCCAGUCAUGGGUGUUUUUAUGUAUCAGAUGACAAAAGUGCAAAAUUUGAACUACCAUACUGCUCUUCAACAUUAAUAAAAGACAUAAGAGUGCGCCACCAAUAUGACUUUACGGCAUUAACCUGCAAACGCCCAGAUGGCAUGGUAACUUCAAACCAAUGUGGGUGGUAGCACAUCAUCUCAUCUUAAUGGGUUAAAAUUUGCAUUGUGAAUAACUAACAAAAAUUGGUCUGUUUAAGUGUCUAACUAAUUGUCAACCACAUUUCGCAAAAAAUGUUUAAAUCAGCAGUAAAUUGUGUGUGUUCAUAUACAUGUAUACCAGUUUAAACAGGGAACAAAUGAAUAACUAACAGCAAGUAAUAGUUAUAUUAUUGAAUGUUUAUUUGAAUAAGUUACUUAUGUUUUAGAUCUUUAUGUCACCUGCAUUGCAUGGCAGACAUUUAGGUUUCAUGUUGUCCUGUGUCUUAUCCUACAGCAGUAUCAUACUUUCAUGUCAGCUCUCUUACGUGAGCAUUUCUUACCUUUUACUGACCAAAACUUGGUCACACUGUUUAUUUGCCUUUUUUUCUUGACUGAGUUUUAUUAACAGGCAGAGCUUACAAUUCAUUCUAGAGUUAUGGCCCUUGAAUUGUUAAAAUUUGACCAAAUACACUUUGCCAGCUCUCUUACUUGAGCAUUUCUUAUCCAAACUUAGUCACAGUGUUUAAGUGCAUAAACUCUUGAGUCACAGCGAGUUUGUUUAAUAACUUUGACUGGUCAUUCACCUUAGGAUUUGUAACUUAUUCAAGCUUUACUUCACUGAAGUACAAUGUUUCAGGCCAAACAAAUUCGAUCAACAGCCAGAUUAUACUAUUUACCCUGGAGUUACAGCCCUUUGAUUGUCAAAUUUUGACCAAAUACAUUUAGUUUUUUCUUGAGCAAUUCUUAUCCAAUUUUUACAAAAGUUGGUUAUAAUGUUCAUGGGAUAAUAUCUCAACAAUGUUCAAUGGUGAAAUUUAUAGCUUGAGUUACAUCAAUCUUAUUUAUAAUUGAUAAUUAUCUUAUCAUUGUACCAUUCAAAUAUGUUGAUGUUCCAAGCAGGCGACAAUUUCAAUUCACAGAAUUCCAGUGUUUUUUAAUAUAAAAGAGUAAAUAAAUGCACAAGGCUACAUGAAUGUUGAUUGCAUUUGUUUGCAACACUUGCUUACCAGAUGUUUCAAAUCAUAUCUUUAUAAAGAAGGUCAAGAAACUAGUGACAUCAUUUUACAAUAACAAAUACUGAUGCAAGUAGGUUGUUUUUUGUAAGACACAAUAGUCAUUGAAGAACAAUUACUAACUGGGUUGUCAAAUACUGAUCCAAGUUGGUUGGUGGGUUUUGUAAGACAUAAUAGUCAUGAAAAACAAUUACUAACUGCAUGGGUUGUCAUUUUUCAUUGUGUCAUCAUUUCCAGCUGUGACUGAAACACAUAUCACAUAUCACAUACCAAACAUAUGAAUCAAGAUAAAGGUAUUCUGCCUCAUUGUCAACAAUGUGGACUACUGUUUCUAUUAUUUAAUCUUUAUGUCAUGCUGAUGUGAGUAAUUUGGAAGGCAUCUAAAUAUUUCCUUUGAAGGUACUGGAUAGAUCAUUGUUUUUUUCUGUGAAACAUUCUGUACUUAAACAUUUAAUUUGUGUACAUGUAUCAGUAGUAAACAUGUUGUUGUAAAAAAUUUUAAAAAAUAUAUAUCGUAUUUUAAUAAUUUGUAUGACCUAGGUAAGUCCUACUAAGGCUAUCUAUAAAAAAAGUUUGUUUGCAGUGGCCCACCUAGCUCACCUUUGAAAUUGGUUUAUUUUUAUGACCUUUGAAGUAAGUUUAUUCUUAUGACCUUUGAAGUAAGCUGUCUUUUAUUACCUUUAAAGUAUGUUUAUUUGUAAAACCUUUGAAGUAAGUUUAUUUUUCUGACCUUUGAAGUAAGCUGUCUUUUAUUAACAUGUGUUGUUAUGACCUAUGAAGUAAGCUUUAUUUUAAUGAGCUUUGGGGAAAACAGUAUUUUUAUGGUUUUUGAAGUAAGCUGUAUUUUUGUGACCUUUGAGGUAAGCUGUAUUUUUGUGACCUUUAAGGUAAGCUGUAUUUUUGUGACCUUUGUGGUAUGCUGUAUUUUUAUGUCCUUUGAGGUAAGCUAAGCUGUAUUUUUAUGAACUUUAAAUAAAGCUGUAUUUUAUGUCCUUUGAAGUUAGCUAUAUUUUUAUGACAUUAAAGGUAAGCUAUAUUUUUAUGACCUUUGAAGUAAACUGUAUUGAUGUGACCUUUGAAGUAAACUGUAUUGAUGUGACCUUUGAAGUAAGAUGAUUUUUAUAUGACCUUCAAUAUAAGAGGUAUUGUUAUGAUCUUCAAUGUAAGCUGUAUUGUUAUGACCUUUGAUGUAAGCUGUAUUUUUAUGACUUUUGAAGUUGACUGUCUGUAUAUGACUUUGAAGUAAGCUGUAUGCUGUUCUCUUGAUUGUGUCAAGUAAAAACUCUGUCUUAGAUAAGAAAAUAAAAUAGUAUGAUCGAG